GGCAACAGCGUCCGGGAGAUGCGCGGAGGCUGGGCUCCGCGUCGCAGCGGCCGGCGGCCUGCGCGCAGCUGUGGCCACUCGGGGCGGAGCAGCAAGGCGGGGCGCGGAAUUCCCGUUCCCAGAAAGAGUUGAUCUUGAAGACCAUGAACCAGGAUAGCAUGAUUGCCAACAGCAACAUCAAAGCCGGCACCACCAAGGCCAGUGACUUAAUGCAGAGAAUAGCCACCAUGCCCAACUGGUCCUCCUCGUGCCCUCCUGCGCGGAAACAUGCGCCCCUGCGCUCCCAGUCCUCUCCGGGCUGCACGAACCAGGAUGGUCUGCAGAGCUCGCUCGGAACUCCUUCCGCCCUGACAGUCGCAGACCCAACACUGACCUUCCUGGAGGUCAGACAGAUCCUGCUGCAGAAGAUCACCCACCGGCGGGAGGAGCUGACCCAGGCCUUCCAGCUGCUGGACCCGGCGCUCAGUGGGACCGUGACCAGGAACGAGCUGCGGAGGGUCAUCAGCACGUUCCUGCUGCCACUGACCCGGGAGCAGUUCCAGGACGUGCUGGACCAGAUGCCUCUCACUAGCUCCAGGGCUGUUCGGUACCCUGACUUCCUGUCCAGGUUUGGCGGACUCGACCUCCAGGUGAAUGGCCUCAAGAGGGGUGAAGGAGGCGACAGGAACUACAGUCGGACUUUGAAAGAACUGGAAAGCCAAGCAGGGGAGAAGAUUCUGAGAAACAUCAAAACCAUCUCCAAAGCCUUCAGGCUCCUCGACGUGAACAGGACGGGGCUGGUGCGCCCGGAGGAGAUGAGGCGGGUCGUGCAGACCUUCUGUCUGCAGAUGGGGGAGGACGAGUACAGGAAGUUUGCCCGGUACUACCACCUGGACAAGGAGCCCGCGGUGGAUUACAGCGCGUUUCUGAAGAACCUGAGCAUCAAUAAUGGCCUGAACCUCAGAUAUAAUUUUGAAGACUCAGAUCACGCGCAGGAGAGCCCAGUCAGAGGCCCCUCGAGGACUCAUACCCCUGCUUCGCCCGCCUCAGAGGAUGUCUGGAAGACCUUCUCCUUAGACCGCAUUGAGAAGAUCUUUUGCCAAGAGUUGGCGAAGUCCCGCGAGAGGGUUGAGAAAGCCCUGAGCGCGGGGGACCCCACCGGCGCUGGCCACGUGUCUCUCGACUACCUCAAGAUUGUCCUCGACGCCUUUGUGUACCGGAUGCCCAGAAGGGUUUUCAUCAAGUUAAUGAGAAGGUUAGGACUGAAAACCACCACGAAGAUCGACUGGAGGCAUUUCAUGUCGUUGUUCAGCGACCCCCACAGCCUCAAGUGCCACAGCGCGACCCCCCUGACCCCCAGCAGCAGCGGCUCCAGCUUCAGUGCUCCGGUCCCUCGGCUGCUGAGACAGGCGGGACUCUGCCCAAGGCUGAGGAAGGCCCUGAUCAGCCUGCACACCACACCCAGCGGGCGGAUAACGGGGGAAGAACUGCGGCGCGUUCUGGAGGGCGCCAUGGGCACGGUGAGGGAGCCCGAGUUCCAGGAGCUGACACAGGCCCUGGACCCUGGCGGCACCGGGGCCCUGCACGUGGCCAAGAUCCUGGAGCUGCUGGAAGACAGUGCCCGGGUGGGGAAAGCGCCAUCGCCUAGCUCAGAUGCCAGGGCCGAGUCCGUGCUGGACUGGGCAGCCGUGGAGGGGCAGCUCCGCAGCGAGGUCACCGAGAAGUUCCAGGAGUGCUACGACCGGCUGCGGUCCCACGACCCGGGGGACACGGGGCUCAUCAGCCGACCCGACUUCAAGGCCGUCCUGAGCAUCCUCUGCCCGUCCCUGACGGCCGACCACUUCCUCAGGCUCAGCCGCAGGUUCCUGGACAGCUCGGGGAGAGUCCUCUACAAGAAGUUCCUGGUGUGCACGGGCCAGGCCCUGUCCCCGGCGCCCGCCGACCGGCCCGGGAGAGCUCCGCCUCCCCGGGAGAGCCCCCCAGCCACAGGCAGGGACGAGGUUAAGCAGCUGGACGCCUGCAACCAGCAGCAGGGCCCGGCCCUCCGAGAGCGGAUCCUGGACCCCGAUGGAGACCCCAGCAGCGGGGUGGGCACACCCAGCCCCAGGAAGGCUGCAGACGACAGCGGCGCGCCCCCGGGCCAUGCCGUGCGGCCCUCGCCGCCCCCCGGCCCCGACAGGAUGAGCUUCCUGCAGCUUGCGCCCGGAUCGGAAGAUGACCGGCCAUGCGGGCUGUACCGGCCGCCCCCAGCCGGCGUCCACUGGGCCGGCGACCCGGACCAGUUCUAUAUCAGCGCCGAGGAGUGUCUGGAGGCCUUCCCGCAGCGGGUCCGGGAGCACUAUGGGGACCCCUACGCGGCCUUCUUCAGGAUGGACGCGGACAGGGACGGCGUGGUCAACAUGCACGACCUGCACAAGCUGCUGAUGUGCCUGACGCUGCACCUGACGCAGGCUGAGUUCCUGCGCUUUCUGCAGCUGCUGGGCCUCGGGCCCAGCCUCACGCUCAACUUCCGCGAGUUCCGCAGCCUGUGCGAGCCGCGGCCCCCCAGCCGGGACGCCCCGCCCCAGCGCACGCUGCGACAAAAGCAGAAGGUCGUGGACACAGAACUAGCCUGUGGACAGGCUCAUGAGUAUCUCGUGACCAAAGCGAGGACCCGAUGGUCAGACUUGUCCAAGAACUUCCUGGAGACAGACGCGGCGGGCAACGGCAUCCUGCGGCGCCGGGACAUCAGGAACGCGCUCUACGGCUUCGCUGUCCCGCUCACGCCCCGGGAAUUCGAGAAGCUGUGGUCGAGCUACGACACGCAGGGAAGAGGGCACAUCACGUACCAGGAGUUCCUGCAGAAGCUGGGCGUGCCCUACAACGCGGACGUCCACCGGCCCUACGCCACCGACUUCUUCAACUUCAUGGGACACUUCACCAAGCCCCAGCAGAUCCAGGAGGAGACCAAGGAACUGCAGCAGCGCAUGGCCAGCAAGGCGGAGCCUCUCGGGCACCGGCUGCAGGAGCAUCGCCAGGACAUCUGCAAGGCCUUGGGCAAGCUGGACCGGUCCAAGACGGGCGGCCUCGUGUCCCUGGUCCAGCUGCAGGAGCUCCUGCAGGAGGGCGGCUGCACACCGCGGGAGGAGGAGCUCACCCAGCUCCUGACCAGCUGGGGCGUCAGCUGGAGCCGGAACGCCGUCAACUACCUUGACUUCCUGAAGGCGCUGGAGAACAGCCGGCCGGCCACGCCAGAGCCGAGGGACGGCCAGCAGCUGGACUUCACGGGGCUGGACCCGGAGGACAUCGUGAAGAACGUCCAGCAGGUGGUGGCCGCCGCUGAGCUGGCCAUGGCGACGGCGUUUCUGGCGCUGGACAGCGAGGACUCCGGCUUUGUGAAGGACUCGGAUUUCGGGCAAGUUCUCAAGGAUUUCUGUCCCAACCUCUCUGAGAACCAGUACCACUAUUUCCUGAGGAAACUGAGGCUUCAUCUCACCCCGUCCAUAAACUGGAAGUAUUUCCUCCAGAACUUCAGCAAUUUCCUUGAAGAGAGCGCGGCCGAGUGGGCCGAGAAGAUGCCGAGAGACCCACGGCCCGCCUCGCCCAGGGGCCAGGCCCACGCGGAGCUACUGGGCCGGCUGCGCCGGGCCGUGGCCGCCCACGCCCACGCCAUCGCCCAGGAGCUGGAGAACUUCGACACAGCUGGGAGCGGCACAGUGUCCAGGGACGAGUUCCGGGCCGUGUGCAGCCGCCACGUGCAGGCGCUGACGGAUGAGCAGUUCGACAGGCUCUGGGCCGACCUGCCGCUCAGCAGCAAGGGCCGACUGAAGUACCAAGACUUCCUGCGCCGCUUCGGCUCCGACACGCCCCUGCAUGUGGGCGACUCCACGCGGGCCCAGCGGGGCAGCAGCGGCACCCACAGCCUCGGCAGGUCAGUCUCGGCGUCGCCCGAGCAGGACCCGAGAGCCGGGCUCAGGAUGCACAGUGACCCCGGCAGCGCCCUGAGCGCCGCCUCCCUGGCCGGGAGCCUGCAGAACUGCGAGCCCCUGGAGAGCAGGCUCCGGCGGAAGAUGCGGGGCUGCUGGCGGGAGUUCCUGAAGGACUGCAAGGACAGGGACGCCGACCGGCGGGGCCACGUCAGCACGGCCGACUUCCUGGCUCUCGUGGAGAAAUACGGCCUGGACCUCAGCACGGAGGAGGCCCAGCAGCUGGCCGCCAAGUAUGACUUCACGGACAGCGGCCGCUUCUCCUACUGCGACUUCAUCCAGAGCUGCGUGCUGCUGCUGCGGGCCCGGGAGACGUCCCUCAUGCAGCGCAUGAAGAUCCAGAACGCGCACAAGAUGAAAGAAGCCGGCGCCGAGAACUCGUCCCUCUACUGCGCUCUGCUGCGGAUCCAGCCCAAGGUGCUGCACUGCUGGCGGCCCAUGCGGAGAACCUUCAAGAGCUAUGACCAGAACGGCAGCGGGUUCCUGAGCGUGGGGGACUUCCGUAAGGUGCUGCGCCAGUACAGCAUCAACCUGUCGGAGGAGGAGUUCUUCCACGUGCUGGAGUACUACGACCGGGCACUGUCCUCGCUGGUCCCCUACAACGACUUCCUGCGGGCUUUCCUCCAGUAGCUCCCCGGCCGGCAGAGCAUGCCGGGGCCUUCCGGAACCUUCCCGGCGUCGGCGGCUCCCGGUGCACCCCGCCCUGCUGGGCCCUGAGCCGGGCGCCGGAGGCCAGGCCUGGUGCCCUGCGCCCCCGCGGCCCCGGGUGCCCCCGAGCCUCAGGCUCCCCUCCCGCAUCACUUGCGCAAGUAAAAGUAUC